AUGACUGACGCAGCACAAGAACGUUCAAUCAAACUUCUUUCUUCGGACAACGAAACCUUCCAGGUGAGUAUUUUUUUGCUGAAAAUAUACUUUUUGGUGGAAAAAGUAUAUAUUUAUGCAUAAGUGCCUGGAAUUGGAGAAAAAUGUAGAAAUUUUGCAGGUUCCAAGAAACGUCAUUCGUCUUUCUAACACAAUCAACACUUUGCUCCAAGAUUUGGGUUUGGAUGAUGAAGAAGAUGCUGGAGAUGCAAUCCCAGUGCAAAAUGUCACUUCGACAAUCUUGAAAAAGGUUAUCGCUUGGUGCCAACAUCACCACGAAGAUCCAGUCGCUGCUGAUGAUUCGGACAGUCGUGAGAAACGCACUGAUGACAUUUCCAGCUGGGAUGUCGAAUUCUUGAAAGUCGACCAAGGAACUCUUUUCGAAUUGAUUUUGGCUGCCAAUUAUUUGGACAUUAAAGGACUCCUUGAUGUCAGUUGCAAGACUGUUGCCAACAUGAUCAAGGUAAUUUUUGUUUUUUUUUGAAGAGAAAACGCGGACCUACAUGUCAUGCGUUACAUGCGCGCUGCGGUCAGAAACAUUUGUUAAGACCUUUCGGUAACCUAGGUGAUGUAUAAUCAAAUGAGAUUUUAUCGAGCAAUCCGGCUCGAGCAAGGGAUUAGUUAUCUGCUUCAGCCAUACAUUUUUCGAAGAUGUCUUUUCCUGCUCACUAAAAACUUGGCAGAAAGCUUCAAGAACCUCUGAAAAUUGUAAUUUUAUCAUAAAAAUUAAGAGCAAUCAUUUUUCUCAAGUAUAAUCAUGAGAAUUGAGAAAUGUUGCUCAUCUUAGAUCACUGUUAGAAAAUGCUGAUAUCGAUUAUAAACUAGCAAAGUUUGUCGAUAAUUUUGUACUUUUAAAAGCCUAUGGCAAAAAAUUUCGAAGUGACAAAUAGUUCAAUCAAAAAUUACAUCAAUUUUUUUGCAGGGAAAAUCCCCAGAAGAAAUCCGUCGCACCUUCAACAUCAAGAACGACUUCACCCCAGAAGAAGAGGAACAAAUCCGCAAAGAAAACGCCUGGUGCGAGGACUAA